GAACUGGAAGGCCUAGACCUUUCUCUUAUGUAGGGCCUCCUUCUGCCUUUAAAUAUGGGUCCAUCCACAACUCUCUCUACUCAGACACCAGAAUUGCUUCAUCCUCUUCUCCAAGUCACAGACCCAAGUAAGUUUGCUGGGAAAGCAGAAGCAAUAUGGAAGAAGGGCGUGAAGCAGAAAGAUGGGUUGGCUAUGUGGAUUGGAGGAGCAGGCCUGCUUUGAGGAGCAAACAUGGAGGCAUGCUUGCAGCUUCCUUUGUCCUGGUUGUGGAGAUAAUGGAGAAUAUGGCAUUUCUAGCCAACGCAAGCAACUUGGUCACCUACUUGGCAGAGUUCAUGCACUUCUCGCCCUCUCGCUCAGCCACCACUGUUACCAACUUUAUGGGGACAGCCUUCCUCCUGGCCCUACUUGGGGGCUUCUUGUCUGAUGCCUUCUUCACUACAUAUCAUAUCUACCUGAUAAGUGCUCUUCUGGAGUUCCUGGGACUCGUCAUCCUGACCGUGCAAGCCAAGUCCGCGGCCCUCAAGCCGCCUGCCUGCGACAUCUCGGACGCUUUGCAGACUCCAUGCCAAGAGGUCACCGGCGGGAAGGCUGCAAUGCUCUUCGCCGGCCUGUACCUCACGGCCUUGGGCGUCGGCGGGAUCAAAGGAUCCCUCCCUGCCCAUGGCGCAGAGCAGUUCGACGAGAGCACCAUCCAGGGACGCAAGGCACGAUCCACCUUCUUCAACUACUUCGUGUUCUGCCUCUCCUGCGGCGGCCUGAUCGCGGUGACCUUCGUCGUAUGGGUGGAAGACAACAAGGGAUGGCAGUGGGGGUUUGGGAUCUCCACCGUCACGAUACUGCUCUCCAUCCCGGUGUUCCUUGCAGGCUCCAGAACUUACAGAAACAAGAUACCGACGGGGAGUCCUCUGACAACCAUAACCAAGGUUCUGCUUGCUGCACUCUUGAACCGUAGCUGUCAUCAGAACCCGAGGAAUGCCGUGAUCGACAUGGUGCCAAGCCCUGUGAAGACACUCGAGAUGGAGGGGAAGGAAAGAGAGAGCAGCAAGGAAGACAUGAUACGUACCGAAGGCCUCGAUAAAGAACUGAAGUGCCUUAACAGAGCAGCGGAGGGGAAGCCCAUACACAGAGCACUCGCGUGCACCGUAGUAGAAGUCGAAGAUGUGAAGAUAGUCCUCAAAGUCCUGCCCAUAUUCUUGUCUACCAUAAUGCUAAGCUGCUGUUUGGCCCAGCUCUCGACGUUCUCGAUCCAGCAAGCAGCCACGAUGGACACCCGGGUCAGCGGGCUCACCGUACCGCCGGCGUCGCUCCCCGUCUUCCCCGUCGUCUUCAUCAUGCUCCUGGCACCGAUAUACGACCACGUCAUCGUUCCCUUCGCACGCAAGGUCACCAACACCGAAAUGGGCAUAUCUCACCUGCAAAGAAUAGGCUUCGGCCUGGUGCUGUCGGUCGUCGCGAUGGCCGUGGCGGCGCUGGUCGAAGUGAAGCGGAAGCGGGUGGCGAGGGAUGCCGGCCUGCUCGACUCCGCCGAGCACCUGCCGAUCACGUUCUUCUGGGUGGCCUUCCAGUACCUGUUCCUCGGCUCCGCGGAUCUGUUCACGCUGGCCGGCCUGCUCGAGUUCUUCUUCAGCGAGGCGCCGGCGGGGAUGAGGUCGCUGGCGACAUCGCUGUCGUGGGCGUCGCUGGCGAUGGGAUACUACCUCAGCUCGGUGCUGGUCUCCAUCGUGAACAAAGUGACGGGCAGAGGCCGCCACCAGGCAUGGCUGUCCGGCAGCAACUUGAAUCACUACCACCUCGAGCAGUUCUACUGGCUCAUGUGUGUCCUCAGUGCCUUGAACUUUCUUCACUUCUUGUUCUGGGCUACGAGGUACAGGUACAGAUCAAAUGGCCAUAAAAGCUAGUGGAAGCGUGAGCGUGCAUGGAAUGGCAUCGAUGGAGGAGCGAUGGUGGUGGUAAUCUCCACCAUGAAGUGGUCCAACUCAUUCAUAACACGAAUGAAUGGAUCCAUUUGCCGAAAAUUGUAUUCCACAAGAUAAUACCAGUAAGAUGUAAAUGAGGAUCACCGGUGCCUGCAACUUUCCAGUCCGAAAGCCAACCUCAAGAUUCUUGUUUAUCCUAAAGCUUACAUGUUUUCGCAUUCUGCA